UGCUCGGUUAAGAUUGUGGAGGAACAAAUCUCCGAUUGACUCUUUAACCGUCACCCGUCUGCCAAUUGCCAAUUGCCAUUAGAUCAAUUUGACUUUUCCCUUAUGACAAUUGACGGGCGCCGCCCAGAUAAACCAGACAAUCGUAGGUGGCAAUUUAAUGGCUCGGUCGCCCCGUUCCCGCCUAUCGUCAACCCUAAGAAACGGCAUCGACGUCGGUCUAGAGGCAGGGAUAUAUCAUCCGCCCCCCAUCCAUCCUGGCCCCAAACAAGAUUCAUCAAGGAUAAAUACGGCACGAAAUCCGGAGAAAGACGCUGAAUCAUUUUUCGUUUUCCCACACAACGAAGGAUGACCAUCGACUGGAUUUCUCUUCCCCCACCUGACCCAGUCGAUUCUCCAGGCUAAGCUGUCUUCCGUUCGACCACUGGGAUUAUCUCACCGAUGAAGUUUGGUCAAGGCUUUGAGGCGGCGCUCGCCCGCGACGAGUAUCCGCGCGAUUGGAUUGACCACGCCAUUUCCUACAAAAAGUUGAAGAAGUGCAUCAAACGCGUCCAACAGGAAUUGGCCAGUCUGGGCCUCGACAAGGAGACUCUUGAUGCGCUGUGGCAACAUGUCAACACAGGCGGCGCAGAGAUCGAUGGCCAAUUGGGGGAGAGGUUACAAUACUCGGUAGACGGCAACGAGAAACUCAUCUUCACGCCUAAAUUGACUAUCGUCAUUGAUCCUCGAGAUGGAUCCCCCAUGGAUGCUUGGUUGAGUCCGGACACCCGACGGAUACUCAAACGCCUUGCAAAAUCGGAGGAUGGUCGCCGCCCAUCGGUCGCGAGCAUGAAGGAAAUGAUGCCAGACGACCAAGAGCAGCACCUCGAAACGGUCGAGGUACCACUCACGUCAGACUCGGAAUUCUUCCAGAUAUUGACACGCGAGCUGUCGGACCUCGAUCAUUUACAAAACUCCGAAAGAAGUCAAUUGGAGGUUGAAAUUGCUCAACUGGGUCGUGAACUGCGUGCCCUGCGGUCUUCGAGAUCCAAACGAUCGAAACAAGAAAUCGAGGCUUGGAGGACGAUUUUUGAGCUUUACACCGAUGCCGAGAUCUUCAUGUCUUCUCACGAGGCUGAUGCAGGUGCACGAGAUGCGGUGCAUGCCCAGAAGCAGUAUUCCGAAUUCAACAAGGCUCUGGCGGGUCACCAGAAUCAAAUCCUCCAUCUCGGGAAAGAGGGCACUUCUGCGUUGGAUCGUUUUCUGCGCGUCAAUAUCAAGUUGCUCCGACUGAUCAAGUUCCAAGAGAUCAACAACACGGCACUCAACAAGAUCCUGAAGAAAUUCGACAAACGCACCGCCCUACGCGCACGGUCGUCUGUGUCGAACACGCUGACGCACUCUCGCUUCAUGGCGCACAAUUUGGCGAAAGCUACAUGUUUCACGAUUUCGGAGGAACUUUUGAACAUCAUUCCACAGUUGAACGAUUAUUUAUGUCCUGUAUGUUUCAGUAUAUCCUACAAACCUAUCCGUUUGCGAUGCGGCCAUAUCUUCUGCAUUCGAUGUAUGGUUGUUUUGCAGAGGGAGGAGCAGGACCGGUGCCCAAUGUGUCGAGAAGGGGUGGUCUUGGAAGCCAGUAGUGAAAACCUCGACAAAGACCUGAUGAAAUUCAUGAAGAGCAACUUCACGGCCGCUGUCAAGGCAAAGCAAAAGGAAAAUGAGAUUCAAGCAGGAAUCGAUCGAUGGGGCGCCCAGUAUGAAAAUUCUCAGAAAUGCAUCGUCAUGUAAUGCCGCCUGGGGGAAUGUUCACGAGUACACGAAUUUUCUACGACCUUUUUGCAUAUGAUACCAGUCGGUAAGCGUCCAUAGUCAAUGGCAGCGAAUGAUUUUCACCUUC